AUGGAUGAUGAAAACAUACAGCCUGUUACAACAUAUACUCCGGAGGAUUCCUUUCAGAGCCCCGCAAAGGUACCUGAACAAUCCAGAGGACACAAAUCACCAGGCAGAUUAAGUAGGCAGUAUUACACUCAUAGCCCGAAAAUAAAAGUAGAAAAGACAAUUUCAAAGGGGAAUGAUGGCUCAAAAACGGAUAGGAGCAGAUCUUCUGCAUCUUCACCUCAAAAAUCUACAAAUUCAUCACCGUCUGGCCGACUAAUUAAACACACGUACAUGAAACCAGGACAAGGUGAAAAUGAAAUUGUUAAAACCAGGACAUUAUCUAGGACCUCCAGCCUUGGAUCAGAUACUAAUCCCACCUUUAGUAAAGCUGAGUUUUCGAGGCGAAUAUCCAUCAUUCGCAGUUGGUAUGAUGAUUUGCCCAUAAUAAAGAGCCGUAGAGAUGCUAUGAAUAAUCCGGAUGUAUCCGAGUCUCCAAACCCUAUUGAGACUAUGAGAAGGCCAAUGCUAAUUGAGACGGCUGAAGGUUUGGAUAUUCGUUUUGUACUGGGCAUUCUGACUGAUAUCUUAUCAUGCCGUUUGUGCAAGGGUCUCUUUUACAAUGCACAUACCGUGAGAGAAUGCAUGCAUACAUUUUGCAAAAGUUGUCUGAUACUUUCGACCAUUGAAUGCGGUCUAAUGUGCCCUACGUGCUUUACACCUAUCCCAGCUGAUAUUCUCGAAGGUAUUGAAUAUGAUCACAACAUACAGGGACUAGUGGAUAAAAUAUUCCCAAAAUUUAACGAGAUAGAAUCUGAACAAAAAAAAAUUCUUGACGAAAUUAUGGGAGUUUCUUCCACGGAAAGUACUCCUAUGGCCUCAUUUCCUCGGCAAUCUGGGAGUGAAGCUGAAGGGUUUGUUCCUCAUUUAUCUCAACUGGAGACUCCACGUUCGAAUCUAUUGAAUAACACACCAUUCUACCUAGUGGAUUCUACUCUGAACUUUAUAUCGGAUAUACUCGUGGACAAGGAAAAGAAUUUGGAUUCUUUUCAUGGAAAUGUCUCGUGUAUAGCCCUGUUACACGAAUUGGAUGAUAUUCCCUUGAAUAAUAUUAUGGACAGUUCAAAUGGUGAUCCCGUUAAUGAUUCCCAUUCUUCUGAAAACACUAAUGCAGACAACUCUAAAUAUCCAAGGAGGUAUAUUUGCGUUCCAAAGACCGCGUUUAUUGCUGAUAUAAUAAACUAUCUCAUUCAUGAAUUGGUUCUAGACCCGGGUCUUAAGAUCGUCACUAUGCUUAACAAUACCGUCCUUCCUAAAAACCACAGCAUUGAAUUCAUUUGUAAAAGUCGCAGAAUAGACAUGUCAAAGUGCAUACUGAUACGAUAUAAAAUAGUUGAAUGA